CAUGUUGGUCCCGCCCCCUCAGCUCCCGGCUUCCUUCUGCCACAGCGUGGGUCACGCUCUUGCUCGCUCUCUUUCUGCCGCCAUCUUGGUUCCGUGUCCUCCGCACAAAUACUUGACUCUGGGCUGGGCGGGUGCAUUCCCGCAGUUAAUUCGGGCUUCCUGUUUAUUCCCUUCAGAAAUGCCUGGCGAAGCCACAGAAACCGUCCCUGCCACCGAGCAGGAGCUGCCACAGCCCCAGGCUGAGACAGCUGUGCUUCCUAUGUCUUCAGCCUUGAAUGUUUCUGCUGCUGUAGGGCAGCCUGCACCUGCCCCUCCUUGCUCCCUGGCCCCCCAGCAAAGCCCUCUAGUAAUUGCUAAUCAGCCUUCCCCAUUCCCUUCGCCUAGUAUUUCCUCAACCCCUUUUGAAGUUCCUUUUCCCCAGCCAUCUUCUGAAACUGUACCUCUGGGACCUGCCCCUCACACUCCAACUUUCCUUCCACACCUAAUAGGGCCUCCCAUCUCCCCAGCUGCCUUAGCUUUGGCCUCUCCCAUGAUAGGUCUAACUCAGAAAGGUGCCCGAUCCUCUUCGACCCCCUUGUCUCUGGUUGCAGUGGCUCCUCACUCAGCUCAGAAGAGUUCUGUAUCUGCACCUCACCCUCCCAGUUUACCUUCAUCAGUUGCUGUAGCAGAGUCAGGGCCAUUGGCAUCCAUUGCACCCUUAGAACCAAAGGUUUCUACUAGUCAAAAACCCUCUCAGGUAGUUCCCAAUCUGAAAGGCACUGCCCCAAGUCCUCCAGAUGUAGUUGGUGUUUUUCCUUCCCACCUUGAAACUCCCUUGGCCUCUGUUCCACUUGGAUUAGCAUCCUGUCCUCAAACACUGUCCCACACUUCUCCAGUCAAAGGGAUCCCCAUUUCCUCAGCCCUGGUGCCACAAAAUAUGUUAAACCUUAACCUAAACAGACCUGUUAGUUCACCUGCUCAAAACACUAUAACUCCCAACAUCCUCCCGGCACCCCCUACUUCUCUAGGCUCACCUCUUCCACUUUUACAUCAUGGUUCUUUGGGUUCUCCUAUCCAGCCUUUACAUCAGUCAGGUCCUGGUGCUGUGUCAGAUCCUACAGUGAGUAAUACCAUUUCUGUAGAUCAUUCUGCUGUUGAGGCAUCUUACCCAUCGGAGCCAUCUGUAAUUCCUCCCCUUCCUUCCAGACAUGAGCUGGUUGCUGAUUCUAUAGGAGCUCUUUCAGUGGGGACUCCAGCAUCUGCCCUGGCUCCAUCUGUUGACAGAGGCAAUUCUGCUGUUACUAGUGUAAUCUGCAGCCCUCCUGGCUGCUCGGGUACAACUGCUGCUUCAUUAUCUCCUCUGGCCUCUUUAAUUCCCAAAGGUUCUAAUGUCACUCAGCAGCCUCUGGUGACUCAGAUUCCUGCUUCUCCAAAAACUGGGUUAAAAGAAGCUCCUGUCUCGUGUGUUGGAGCCAUCCAACCUGCUAUGGUUAACCCUUCUACCAUUUCUAUUGCACCUGCCACUUUUAUGUCUCCUUCAGUUUCAUCAGGUCCUGUGAGUAAUAAAGAUAUAACUUCCCCUGCUAGCUCACUUGUAGCGCCUGCUGCUCCUGUAUCAGCUACUCUAGGAGUACCAGUUUCUUCUCCGCCGGCCACUGAAGGUCUUAAAAAUCUCCCCACUUCAGCAUUGGUAAAUGUAGAAGCCCCUAUUUCUCCAGCCCAGGUAGGAGUCUGUACCGGAAAAGACCCCACUCUAUUACCCUUGGCAGCAUAUAAAGAGUCUCCCUCUCCUCAGAGUACAUCGCUUUUGGACACUGCGACAAAGAAGACUGCAGAAGGACCUUCACCUGUAGCAAGGGCAGCCAUUGCUACUAGUUCUUCCCUGGGUGCUGAUCCCUCAACUGCUAUCAAGACAGACCCUGUCAGUCUGUCUCUCAAAUGUCCUGUCGCUGCCCCUGCAAUGGCUCCAUUUCUUUUAGAAUCUUCUGAUCCUAAAGAACUGCCUCCUAGAACUGUCAAGGGUGCCUCUGCUUCUAAAACCUCCAUUACUAUCUCUUCACCUCUGGUUCCUUUAGCCUCUGAAGUUUGUCCCAUGUCUGUGGCUUUUAACCCUCAAAAUGUUUCUCUUUCUACGACUACUGAGGCAUUGGCUCCUGAAAUUCCCAGGUCUCUACCCUUUCCUGCUCCAGUCCCAACUGGGAUUUCUUUUUCUGGUGCAAAGAAAGUUGAAGGUAUUUCUUCUGUGGUAUCUUUAGCCUCCUCUCCUGAAGGGCACACAGAAGACUCGGGUGGUUCUGUGUCUUCUAAAGGAACUCUGGUUUAUCCAGCUGAUUCUCUGUCUGGUAUGUCUCCGCAGACUAAAAGGCCUUCAUCCAAGAAGGGUUCUGCUAUCUCAGAUGUUUCUCCUGCAACUCUGUCUUCUCUUUCUCCACUUGAGGCUGCCCUCCUUCCUGGGGCUUGUCUUUCUUUUCAAGACUCUACAGACUCCCUUGAGCUUUCUCCCGUUUCUUCAUCUUCCAAAGGGACCCCUGUUCCUUCAACUGUGGCUCCUCCCUUCCAUAAAGGGGCACCCAUUGCCCCAACAGAGACCUCUAUAUCCCCCCAAAAGGCUCCAGCAACCUUGUUUUUCAAAGAUAGCCCCACUGUCCCAGCAGAAAUUCCUCCUUCCCCUCCAAAGACCAUAGAAGCUACGGCUCCUAAACUGGUCCCUCUAAUCCAACUCCCUAAAGUGGCCCCGAUUGUGCCAGAUGUGACUCCCACUUCUCCCAAAAAAACUCCAACAACUCCAGUCCCCAAAGAUACUUCAGCAACCCUGUCACUCAAAAGUGUCCCAGCUGUGACUUCUUUGUCUCCCCCAAAGGCCCCUGCAGCCCCAUCUCCUAAUGGAGCCCCCAUUGCUCCAACUGAGAUUGCCUCCUCCCUCAAAAAUGCCCCAGCAACUAUAACCCCCAAAGUUGCCACUACUCUUCCAGAUGUGACUUCACCCUCCCCACAAAAGACUCCAAAAUCCCCUAAGGGUGCCCCGGCUGUGACUCCUCCCUCCCCACCAAAGUCUGAAGCAUUCAGUGAGCCUCUAAUAAGCCUAUCUCUCAAAGGUGCCCCUACUGCCCUAGCUGGUCCAACCUCCCCUACAAGGACUCCCAAAACUGCAGCCCCCAAAGAAACUCUACCAGAAGGGGUCCCAACUGUGCCACUAGAGAUUUCUCCCUCUCUGAAAAAGACCUCAAAAACUGUAGUACCCAGUGAAAGUUCAACAGCCUCAUCCUCUAAAAGGUCCCCCAAAAUUUCAGCCCCCAAAGAAACGCCAACCCCAUCCGAUGGGGUUACCACUGCAUCUCUGGAAAUUCCUCCUUCCCCCAAAACUGUGUCCCCAAAAGAGGUUCCUGUGACUUCAUCUCCCAAAGGUGCCCCUGCUACCCUAGCUGAGAGUCCUGCCUCCCUUAAAAAGCUCCCCAAAACUGUAGCCCCCAAAGAAACUUCAGCAACCCCACCUGUAGGGGUCCUAGCUGUGCCAGUAGAGAUUUCUCCCUCCCCCAAAAAGGCCUCAAAAACGGCAGCCCCCAAUGAAAAUUCCACGUCAUCCCCAAAAAAGUCCCCCAAAACUUCAGCCCCACCUUCUGAAGGGGUCACCACUGCUCCACUGGAGAUUACUCCUUCCCCCAAAAAGUCUCCCAGAACUACAGCCCAGAAACAGAUUCCUGCGACUUCAUCGCCCAAAGGUGCCCCUACUACCCUAGCUGAGAGUCCUGCCUCCCCUAAAAGGUCCCCCAAAACUGCAACCCCCAAAGAAACUCCAGCAACCCCAUCUCCUGAAGGGGUCACAGCUGUGCCACUACAGAUCUCUCUUUCCCCCAAAAGGGCCCCCCAAAGUGCAGUCCCCAAAGAAUCUUCAGCUCCAUCUUCUGAAGAAGUCUUGUCUGCGCCGCAGGAGAUUUCUCAUUCCCCCGCAACUGCAGCCCCCAAACAGGUUCCUGUGACCCCAUCCACCAAAGGUGCCCCUACUACCCUAACUGAGAGUCCUGCCUCCCCUAAAAAGGCCUCCAAAACUGCAGCCCCCAAAGAAACUCCAAUAACCCCAUCUUCUGAAGGCAUCACAGCUGUGCCAGUAGAGAUUUCUCUUUCCUCCAAAAAAGCUCCCAAAACGGCAGCCCCCAAAGAAAAUUCAGCAACAUCAUCUCCCAAAAGACUACCCAAAACUGCAGUUCCCAAAGAAGCUCCAACUACCCCAUCUUCCGAAGGCAUCACAGCUAUGCCACUAGAGAUGGCUCUCUCCCCUAAAAAGGCCCCCAAAACUGCAGCCCCCAAGGAAAACUCAGCAGUACCAUCUCCCAAGAAGUCUCCCAAAACUGCAGCCCCCAAGGAAGCUUUAGCUCCAUCUUCUGAAGGAGUCACUACUGCACCACAGGAGAUUUCUUCCACCCCAAUUGCAGCCCCCAAACAGGUUCCUAUGACCAAAGGUGCCCCUGCUACCCUAGCUGAAAGUCCUGCCUCUGCUAAAAAGACUCCCAAAACUGCAGCCCCCAAAGAAACUUCAGUAACCCCAUCCCCCCAAAGGGCCUCCAGAACAACAACCCCUAAAGAAACUCCAGCAACCACAACUCCUGAAAGUGUCGCUGCUGUGCCACUAGAGAUACCUCUUUCCCCCCAAAAGACCUCAAAAACUGCAACUCCUAAAGAAACUUCAGCAAUGACAACCUCCCAAAGGGCUUCCAAAACAUCAACCCCCAAAGAAAUUCCAGCCCAGCCCUCUAAAGGUGUCUCAGUUGGGCCACUGGAGACUCCUUCCCCCAGAAAGGCCCCUAAGAUGUCAGGACCCAAAGAAGCACCCACAGUCCCAUCUCCAGAAGGGGUCAUAGCUGGGCCACUAGAGAUUCCUUCAGCUCCCAAGAAAGCCCCCAAAAUGGCAGGCCCCAAAGAAACUCCAGCAAAGCUGUCUUCUGAAGAGGUCACAGCUGUGCCACUAGAGAUUACUUGCUCCCCCAAAAAGACCUCAAAAACUGCAGCCCCCAAAGAAAAUUCAGCAAUGCCGUCCCCCAAAAGAUCCCUCAAAACUGCAGCUCCUAAAGAAACUUCAACUCCAUCUUCUAAAGGAGUCACUACCGCACCACUAGAGCCUGUUUCUUUUCCCCAAAAGGCCCUUAAGACAGCAGAACCCAAAGAAAUACCAGCAGUGUCUCCUGAAGGAGUCACUACUGCACCAUGCGAGAAUCCUCCCAGCCUGCAGAAGGCCUCAGCACCUACAGCCCCCAGAGCCAUCCCUGCUUACACACAGGAGAUUGCUGUUUCCUUCGGGGAGACUCCAAUAACUCCGGCUGUCCCCCCAGUCAAAAACCCUUCCUCCCGUAAAAAAGCCACUGCAAUGCCUGUAGCUCUCAAAGAAGCUCCAGCAGCCCUGUCUCCCAGUGCUGCCCCAGCUAUGAUUCCUCCCUCUCCCUCAAAGAGUCCAAAAGCAUCAUCAUCCAAAAAGGCACCAAGAACUUCACCCCCUAAAGAAUUUCUGGCAGAUCCUUCUCUUGAAGCUGUCACUUCACUACCAGAGAUGGCUUCCUCUUCGCAAAAGGCCCCAGCAACUACAGCCCCCAAAGAGAAUUCAACAACCCAGUCCAUUAAAUGCAACUCCACUAUCACAACUGUUACUCCUAUCUCCAAAAAGACCCCAGCAGCCCCGUCUCCUGGAGGUGCUUCCAUUGCCCCAACUGGGACUUCUCUUUCCCCAAAUCCCCCAGUCAAGAUUUUCCCCUCUAAUAAGGCCCUAGCUCCCACAUCUCCUGAACGGGCCCCUAUUGUCCCAACUUCUAAAAAGGUCCUAGCAACUGAGACCUCCAAAGAGGCUUCAACAGCUCCAUCUCCCAAAGGGACUCCUACUAUCUCUUCUGUGGUUCCUAUCUCCUCCAAAGAGAUACCAACAACCUCAUUUUCCCAGAGAUCCCAAGCUCCCAAGGAGACCUUAGAAACUUCAACCUCCAAAGGAGCUGUCACCCCCACAAUUAACUCUCCUUUAGCUCAGAAAAGGGCCCCAUCCUCCAAAGAGGUUCCCAUUCUCUCAUCUAUCACUCCUUACCCUAAAGACUCCCCUCCUAGCACAGGGACGGUUAGCCCUCAGGCAUCUGAAAAGCUCCCAGCAAAAGAUCCUGCAGCUCUCAAAGAGGCACUUGCUGCACCCACUCCAGAAAGUGCAUUGGUCAUCACUACUCCCGUUCAUAAAGGCCCAAAAGCCAAGAAGAAUUCUUCCCCUCCUAAGUGCUCAGAUCCUUCCACUAAGAAAGAUACAAAGGGCCUCCUUUCUGCAGUAGCUCUAGCACCUCAGACAGUUACUGUUGAGAAAGACUCUUCAAAAUCUGCAAAAGCUCUGCCUGUUUGCCCUGCAAAAGGCAAUGUUUGUCUUCAUUCCCCAAAGGGUCCCGAGGGUGCUUCUCCUCAGUCUCAGAUAGCUACCCCUACGACAGCAGUAACUUUUGACAAAGCCCUCCCUGAAGCUGGAUCAGCACCUGUGACUCCAAAGCCUACCCUACCAGCUCCCUUGACUCUUGCUCCCUCCCCAGUUCCCCCUCUGCUUCCUAAACAGCCAUUUCUUCAGUCCUCAUCUGGGUCAGUGCUGGAAUCGCCCUCUAAGCUCCCAGCCCCUGCUGAUGAGGAUGAACUGCCGCCUCUGAUUCCCCCUGAAGUGGUCUCUGGGGGAGUGCCUUUCCAGCCGGUCCUCGUCAACAUGCCCACCCCUAAACCUGCUGGGAUCCCUGCCCCAGCCCCCUCUGCCAAGCAUCCUGUUCUGAAGAACGACAAGGGGUCGGGAACAGAAUCUGACAGUGAUGAGUCAGUACCAGAGCUCGAGGAACAAGACUCCACACAGACAGCCACACAACAAGCCCAGCUGGCGGCAGCAGCUGAAAUCGAUGAAGAGCCAGUCAGUAAAGCAAAGCAGAGCCGGAGUGAAAAGAAAGCACGGAAGGCUAUGUCCAAACUGGGUCUUCGGCAGGUUACAGGGGUUACUAGAGUCACUAUCCGGAAAUCCAAAAAUAUCCUCUUCGUCAUCACCAAACCAGAUGUCUACAAGAGCCCAGCUUCAGACACCUACAUCGUAUUUGGAGAAGCCAAGAUUGAAGAUUUGUCUCAGCAAGCACAGUUAGCAGCUGCUGAGAAGUUCAAAGUUCAAGGUGAAGCUGUUUCAAACAUUCAAGAAAAUACUCAGACUCCGACAGUACAAGAGGAGAGUGAGGAGGAAGAGGUUGAUGAAACAGGUGUGGAAGUUAAGGACAUAGAAUUGGUCAUGUCACAGGCGAAUGUGUCCAGAGCAAAGGCAGUCCGAGCCCUGAAAAACAACAGUAAUGAUAUUGUAAAUGCUAUUAUGGAAUUAACAAUGUAACUAUUUGACAGCAAGGACACUCCCCAUCCCCUCCCCCCUUUUUGGUGUUUCAAAGGUGGAACUGCAGCUUGGUUUGAAAUUUGUACUGUUUCUAUCACUAAUAAAGUUAUGGCUUCUUGUUGGAUGAACUCA